GGGGAUUUUUUCCAUGGUUUGCUCCCCUGCUUGUCAACUGUCAAGUUGACAUUCCUCCUCCAAAAUAAACAAUUUAGCAAUUUUUACGCGUUAAUUAUUAACUAUCAAUCGGAAUGAAUUAAGCUCUCCACAAUGCCCAGGUCAUUUUUACAAAUCCUCCAAUCGAAAAACGAUGAUCGUAAUUUGAUCUCGGCCACAUUCCACAUGAUAACAAUAACCCUAAUCAGCAUGAGUCUCGUCGAUUUGACUUGGUUCACAAUCUCAGGAGACGUCGCAGUACCUAACCUAACUCUUGGCCAGUUCUUCUGGUUCGGGUACACAAACUCAGUCAAUUAUUCAGAUUACGAUUUCAUCAACUCGACGAUUGUUAAUCUGAUGAGAACCACGAUUUUACUGUGCUUUAUGGCAAUCAUUUUCAGUCUAGCUGGCUUUUUCCUCGACAUCAUGGGCCCCAAAAGCAUCUUGUAUAGGAUGAUAAGGAGAUACGCCGUCGCUGGGACUUGCACAGUGUUAUGGAUUAUGGCCAUUGUGAGUAUCUCGUACUAUAUAGUAUUAUUAUUGGAGGAUUCUGUGGAAAAAACCUCACUCAAAGUGGAAACGACGGUUUCUUACGGUGACGGCUUUUACCUUCUUGCCUCCGCUGGGGGCGUCUCAUUAAUUGGAAUUUUUUAUAAUUUAAUAGUAGCGAAUCACCCUGUAGGUUAUUACAGGGAGGAUGAUCGAUGUUUGAUUGGUUAUGAUGACGGUUUUGAUACUUUUAAUAGCCCCACACCGCCCCCGCCUUACAACGUCCCCCCUCCCCCCUACACCCCUUGAUAUUUAAUUGUCCUAAUUUAGUGAUUUGUGAUAGACCAGAAUUCUAGUCUGCUUGAAUGGUACAUAAUCACCAAAGAUGAAGCUUUAUGUAAAAACUGGAUAUGGUUUAAUUGACGUAACCAUUAAUAUAUAUUUUUCUGAUAAUUUGAAUGAAAAAUAAAUAAGUUAAAUUGAACACAA